AUGAAAACUCUCGACGAGGGAUGCAGAGAGAUGUUCACUGGUUUGAAGAACGAUCCUUCAGUCUUCUUCGUCGCAUUGUGCAUCGUUUGUAGGCCGUCCAGCCCUGGAGGAUCGUAUCCGAGCGGCCCUGGCAUAUCUUGGCCGAGCGCAGCCCUGAAAUUGUACCGGGAAUCACGUUUGUCAUCGCUGCGCAUGAACCCAGUGCCGGGCACGAGCCCGUAUGGCAAGGUAGUUCGCAGUGCAGAGCUCAAGUGUUUGUUGCUCACAGGCGAGUUCGUCUACACGGGCAAGGCGAAGGGUAAGUCUUUCCUCUCCCGCAUUGUCGACGUUCGGCAGCACGCUCAGCUGCCUCAAGACGAACGCGAGAAGUUUGCUCAGGAUGGUCACACCGGUGAGUUUUUUCUAGCCCAGUGGUGUUCUGUUGUGGGAGAUGAUGACAAGAAAUUCCCGACGAGCUCCAUGAAUGUCAGGCAGCGGGCUUUAACCGCUGGCUUAAAAGAAGUCGUGCUUUGCUCAGACGCGUCUUGGUAUCCUGUCGACUGCGUGCUACGUGUGGCAGUUGUGUGGCCGAUAGAUGAUGCUUGUGACAAGUUGGUGCUGCUGCAUGGCAUGGAGCACGUCUACGUCAUGAGUCAUCAGCAGAUGCCCGAUGGCUCAUUAUCUUCGAUGGAAGGGCAAAGCCAUAACUUUUCUACGUUCCCUGAGACUGAUCCGCAGCUGGGCAAGGACAAGAAUGGGGAAGACUUGCUGUAUGAGAGCUUCACUUCAAAGCAGUGGCUACUGCGGACCAUGCUUCGAACGAGGAUCACCGGAUUGCUUGGAAAAACAAAACCGGGGUGCUGCAACAGCGAGAUCAUCCCAGGUGUUGAUCAGCAGACAUGGGCCAUGAUCGAGACUGGUUUCAGUGGCGGUGGAAUCCGACAUUUCAGCGCACCCAGGAGCCAAAAUUGUUACUUGAGUGACACUUACAGGCCAGCAUUGCAUCGGGUAGCAAGCAAAUCGACUUUUUCAGCUAUCAAGGUGGACCGGGCUCCUGGGUUUAAGCAUGUGAGUCUAUUCCUGGGCAACUACUGGAAUGUGUUUUGCUCUCAGACCUUGCAGAGACAAGCUGCAUCAAUGUCCGAACAGAGCCAUCCGUAUGCUCCGCUCGAAUGCGUGAGAGCUAUUGUGGAGAUGGUGUCAGCUGUUGGCGAUGCAGAUGAAGAACAUCUCCAGGCUCUUGCACUGGAGUUGGGUCUUGAACCUGUUAAAGCGAAGUCUUGCAGACGUCCGAAGCUUCCGUCUUUGUGUCUGAAAUACGAUGCUGAUGCGCGGAUUCUAUCACUAGCUACGCAUUGGGUUGAUUUGCCAUUUGAACAACUGCAGUCGCUUGUGAAAUCUUCUGCUGUUGGUUCUAGACGUACGCCUCCGGCCUCACCCUCGGGGAACAAACACCAGCCAAAGAAGGCGAAGCCAUCUUCUGUGGAUGUCCUCUACUCCCCCACGAAAACAGUCGCUGAGUUUUGGGCCCCCGUGAUGCCGCCCCCCGACCUCCCUCGCGCGGCCCGCCGCGCGAAGCUCGCCAAGGCUAAGGCGGAGAAAGUCGCGCGCGAAGUUGCCGCGGAGCUUCGGGACCGGCGGUCGCGGCGGGGUAGUACGUCCAUUGGCAAGAUAUGGACAUGCGCACGGGCGGAGAUCGACACAGAGGACGGGGCUGCCCGUCCAUGCUCUCCUUAA